AUGCAAGCAAAAGCAGAAAAGAUAAGAUCUUCUCUGAAGAAUGCAAAGAAAGAUACAGGAAACCCAGAGAAACUGAAGUAUAAACCACUCACUGGGAAGGUGUUUUACCUCGAUAUUCCAUCCAAUGUGAUCUCUGAAAAAACAGGAAAGGACCUCAGAGAGCUAGGAGGGCGAGUGGAGAGUUUUCUUAGUAAGGAUAUCAGCUAUCUGGUGUCUAGUAAAAAGGAGGCAAAAUUUGCACCAAGUCUUGGUCAGAUUUCUCCUGUUCCUAGCCCAGAAUCUGCAUGUCAUGGAGGAAAUAGUUCACCUCAUCCUAGCAACCGACAAGAUCGACAUGAUGGAAGUUCAUUUAAGACAGUGGAUACAGUUCGUAUAAGCAGAGGAAAAUCCUUAGCUGAAAAAGCAAUCAAAGAGCAGGACUUAAUCCCCUCUGGUAGUAUACUAUCCAAUGCUUUGAGUUGGGGAGUGAAGAUACUUCAUAUUGAUGAUGUAAAGAAUUACAUUGAACAAAAGAAAAAAGAACUCUACCUACUCAGAAAAGCUGGCAGUUCUUUUAAAGAUGUGGCAAAACAAGUUACUGGUCAAAAGUCAAGAACAGGUAGACUGAAAAAUCCAUUUCUUAAAGUGGAAGAUAAAAGUCGCCAGUACCGACCAUUUUAUCUGCAGUUACCCAGUUUUCCAUUUCUGAACUACUGUGUCCCAAAACCCUAUAGUCCAUUUGAGGUGGAUAAGAAGCAUCCUUCUGGUCAAAAGCAAACUCAGUCUAAGCAAAGAAACAAAAUAAAUAGUGACAAGGACUGUGGAACUCCUGUUCAGCUCCCUCAGAAGGACAAAAAAAAGAGAGGAUAUUGUGAAUGUUGCGGGAAGAAAUAUGAAGAUCUUCAAACACAUCUUGAAAGUGAACAGCACCAAAAUUUUGCACAAAGCACACAGUAUCAAGUUGUUGAUGAUAUAAUCUCGAAGUUUGUUUAUGAGUUUGUCGAAUACAAAGAUGAUGUAAAAAUAAUAAAAAGGACAAAAUGUAGUACGGGAUAUUUUUCUCCUAUUAUUGGGAAGAUAACUAGACCAGAUGAGCUGAAAGAACGGCUGAAAAAGCAACGCAUUUCACUGAAAAGUUACUCAUGGAAGGAUACAGCAAUGCGGGCACUCAAACUGGAUCGCCAGCCUGCAGAAUUAGAACCAAAUUCUGUGCCAAUACCUACCCCUUUUUCUGGAUCUGUCUAUUCAGUUCUUCGUCACCUGUCACAACCUUCAGAACUAAAAAGUUGGUUCAGGAAUAAUGCUGAAGAUAUUAGAACUGAUUGCUCUUGUGCCUCAAACAUAAAAGAGACUGUUGUGUCAUCAAAUUUCAUACAACCGCCCCCUCAGGAAGGUGACAAAGCAUACAUGAAGAACAUGCCUCCAGCUUUUGAGCCAUUCAGUAAAGAAAUACCGGAACCAGAAGUAAAUAAAAAGAAUUUACAGUAUGUACAGAAAGGCAUAUGUACUUUGUAUUCUUACACUGAAGUCGAAGACAAAAACCUAUUGCAGCUAAAAAGAAAACUAAAUAAUGCAGUAGUUCUGCCUGCAAAAUGUUUGAAAAAAACAGAUGCCAAUCCUACAUUUGUCAACAAACAUGGUGACUUACAUGAUAAUCAUCAACAGAUGCAGCACAAUGUAGUUCUGGAGGCUGAGGUAUCCAAUUCUGCUAUAAACAAAGAACUUAAUGAAUCGGCUGCCAGCACUGCACAUAGUUCACCGUCUGGAAAACUGCACAGAAAAGUGAAACUUUACUUGGGAAGAAAUAAAAGAGAAACGCGGAAACAGAAUAUGGAGUUAUGCGUAAAGUAUACAGGUGAACUGUCUGUUCCUGAAGAGAAGAGAAGUUCUUGUAGCUCACCAGUACAAGCCCUACUGGACUUAUUUCAGACAAGUGAAAGAAACUCAGAAUUUGGAGGCUUUUCAGGUUAUACGGAGAGCAAAGGUUCAACCAGCAUAAAAGAUAUAUGGGAAGGGCAGAACAGAAAUGUUAUGUGGUCAUUGUUUUCCUCCUCAUCCUCAUCCCCAUUUGUUGGAUUUUGA